CGUCCUCCAUAUCAAGAACACCUCCGGGAAGUGUCAGGCGUCCUCCAUUCUUGAGUAUUGGAGCUGAACUUUGGCAGCUGAUGAAGACGUUACAGGAGUACGUGAGACCGCUGAAGAACGCAUAUUGAGGAACUGCCAUGGUGUUGAACACCUUCAUUAGUGGAUCAGCUGUGUUCGGUCAGAGCUGGAGCAGAACUGUGCAGAGCUGCGGAUCUCCAGGAGCGGACUCUGACUCCUGUGCUUUACAACAUCCAGCGAGCAUGUGAAGGGGGACGGUCACACAAUCUUCAACAAAAUAUAUAUUUAUAAUGGUGCAGUCGUGCCAGAAAUGUUCAUUCUGUCCUCAUUUCAGCCUUCAGCCAGACCAGACAACACAAAGGAGGAUCACUGAACAAUGCUGGAAACACACACUGACUGACUGACGGAGCUUUGCUCCUGCAUUUCCCCAAAUGUCUGAUGAACUAGCCGUGUGUGUGUGUGUGUGUGUGUGUGUGUGUGUGUGUGUGUGUGUGUGUGUGUGUGUGUGUGUGUGUGCGUGUGUGUGUGUGUGUGUGUGUGUGUGUGUGUGUGUGUGCGUGUGUGUGUGUGUGUGUGUGUGUGUGUGCGUGUGUGUGUGUGUGUGUAUGGGUGUUUCCCAGUUGCGGCUGGAAGGACAUCCACUAUGUAAAACUCAUGCUGGAAUAGUUGGUACUCUGCUCAGAUAAACCGCACAGAUUUGUGUCUUUGUGUGUGUUAAUCCUGUCGUGUUUAUAGUUCGGGAUCGGUCACGUGCAGACUCUGAAUGAACGUCCUCGCGUGACGUACCGGAUCAUGUGUCGGUAACCGUGGAUUCCCCCAACCGCUCUCUCUCUUCUGCUUCUGUUGGUGUUGUUCUGCCGGAGGACCGACGCGUUUCUGAGAUGAUCGUGGCUCCUGGUUUCGCAGAUGGAGCUCUCUGCGUGCAGGAGCAGCUCAUUCCCCCUCCUGAAUCCUGGCUCUUCAUCUGAUCCGCUGGUUCUCCACUGACCCUCUUCUCCAGCCCGCUCUCUGCCCGUCAGCACUGCCCUGAUGUGGGUCCGCAGGUCGUCCUGCAGCCCGGAGGAUCCAGCAGUGCCGAUGCAGGACACACAGGAGGAGGAUUCAGCCCCACGGCGUGCUCUGCUGAGCUCCCUGAAUGGCGUAGAACUCUCGGACAUCCCUGAGGGACACUGCGGUAAUACUGACGCCCAGCAGCUGGCAGAGCGUUUCCUUCAGGAGUCUGAGGAGCAGUGUGUACACUCGACUGAACACACUACAGACAGUACACACUCUGCACACAUUGACCACAAUACACACACUGAACAGAAUACACACCCUGCACACACACAGGCGGACAGCAGCAGUGUUCUGCAGAAAGUUCUGCGGGUGCAGGACGGUGGUGUGUUGAAGGAGAUGCGGGCGGUGUGUGUAAACGGCUCCAUCAUCUUCCUUCCGGAGCCGAGUGUCAUGACGCUGCCGCUGCAGAGGCCGCCCGACCCCAGCAUGUGUCCGGCAGUGCCCGUCCCACUGCCCUGCACACACGACCCCGCCCUGGACCGCAGUGCCGCCCUCAUCUCCUCAUUCUCCAGGUUCCCGUACCCGACGCCGGCGGAGCUCACCGGGCUCACUGCAGCCUCCACACACCCCGAGCAGCAGAUCCGGCUGUGGUUCUCCACCCAGCGGCUGAAGCAGGGCAUCUCCUGGAGUCCAGAAGAGGUGGAGGAGGCUCGGAAGAAGAUGUUCAAUGGCAAUGCAGUGUUGAGCAAUGCUGGUGUAUUUGAACAAACCCCAGAUAGAGCAUCGCCCCCCUGUACACCGGCCCACCCCACGCUGAAGCGCUCCUCAGGAUCUGCUGUGUCCGCAGAGAUCAAACGGGCUGUGGUGACCCCGGACGUCUAUUCUCCUUCUGGGCUCUACGAAAUGGGAGCUUCCAGCCCUGCUCCUCCCGAGGCCUUCAAGACUCCUCCAGCAGAAGAGAAGCUCCCGAUGGUGAACCUCCAGCUGAAGAUCCCUCACUCAGUGCUGCAGAAGGAAAGGCUCCCUCUGUCCCCCAUAGUGUCCACUAAUGUCAGAAGACAUCUAACUCAUCAGCAAACCAACAGCCAUGUUUCCGCCUCUGCUCCUGAAAGCCGGUUGUCCAGCUUUGGAAGCAGUGUCCUGUGUCCCACUACAGGAGUCUCAUGCUGGGUUUAUGACCACAGUGCAGUCUCCCAGACCUCAUGUGCGGUGUCGGCUGGUUUGGUUCGCACUCCAUGUUCUCUGCUGGAGCAACAAAUGAAGCUUCUGGAGGAGAGUUUCCAGAGGAACAGCUUCCCGUCCUACAGUGAGGUUGAGAGCCUUCAGAUCAGCUCCAGACUCUCCCGAGAGGACAUCGAGGGCUGGUUUGUGGGGCGUAGAGCACUUCGAGAUGGUCUGGAGCAGGCCCUGCUGAGCUCCAUGGGCUGUAAGUCUGUGGACAGCAGCUCCAUCAGCCAGCUGAAGAGCAUGUUCCCCCAGAGCCUAUGGCCUUCACCUGGAGAGAUGCUGGAGCUGGAGCGAUGGUUCCGGGAGCCGAAGCAGACCUGUGGACAGAGGAGCGGCUGGAGGCCUCCAAACAACACUAAACACACAAACACAAGACACCGGCAGCUGAGAGACCGCAUCGGCCCCGAGCUCAAGAACUGGCUCAGCAGCAUGGGCAGCGGCGGGGAGGUGUAUGGUGCAGACGGAGAGGCCUGCGGAGGCUGGAGAACAGGAGACACAGACUCACAAUAGGACAAACAGAAGGUGAGAAGACUGCGACAGGAAUAAGCCCAGAGCUGAAUCAUGUGUUAAUCCUCCACAGUUUGGCUUCAGGAUCCUGUGAUUGUGUAGAGUUUGUUCAAUCAUGUCAAACGAAAUCCAGUUAAACUGGGCCACCGCUGCUGUGAGACUGCAGGACAUCGUGCAUUGUGGGCACGUUGCUGUAACGUUGUGUUGAUGUUUUUAAAGCUGAAGGUUCUGUGCCAAAGCUGUGCAGUUUCACAGCAUAUUUGAUUGUUUUAUAAUGAGCAAUAUUGGCUGAUGUACUGGACGUGUCGUUGCCAGAAACCAGGAGAUGCUGAAAUAUCCUCUGAUCACGUGACGCGCUCCUCACACACUCCAGCAGCCGCAGUGUAAUGGCCUGAGCUGAGGUCGGCUCUCGGUGAUGGGGGACUCAGACGCUGUAAUGUGGUGUGUGUGUGUGUGUGAGCGCUCUUCACCCGCUGGAAACCAAUAAAACAGAUUGAGAUAGUUUGUGUGUGCGCAGGAUGUUACUGCAGUGGAACAUGAAGCUGUCCUGCUAACCCACUCAUUACUGUUGUGUUUGUCUGUCUACCAUACUCUGCUCUGAUUGGUCAGAUGAUCAGCCCUGUCAUUUUAUUGGGUAAA